AUGCAGGCUGCCGAGUAUGCGUCCAAGCGGGCCAAUGCCACUAUGCACCCUUCCACUGGUGUCGACCCUAUCAAGAAUCACGGCACCUAUCGGAAGACCGCCCUCUUGAACGAAGAGCGCGCCUGGGAGAAAGUACCUCCUCCUGAGCGCGAUAACUUCACCCUGUCCGACAUCCUCGGUCAAACAGACCCUCACCUCGCUGCUGUUUCUCGCACCGGCAUCGUGGGCAUGUCUCUACAGUACUACCAGCUGCCCGGCGAGACCGAGUGCCGCCAGCACUUCUUCUUCGAGCUGAAUGAGAACGUAGUCUUUGCCGAUGAGGACGGAAAUCGCUGUGCCAUUCAUGGCUUCGCUAUGUGGAUGGUGCCCUCCGCCGAUGGCAAGGCCGAACUCACUGUGCGAUUGUGCACCAAGAGUGAGCCGUUCAUGGAUCCUCUUCUGAUCUUUGAUUUUUACGUCGAGAAUUCGAAGAAGAAUCCGAAGGACCAAUUCAUUCUGAUCGAUUUCAUCAAUGCUCUCCAGGGUACUCGUGCAGGGCUGCCGGAGGGGGAGCGUACCAACUUGCUGCGCUUCAACCUCCAAUGGAUGAUCCGCCUCAACAUGGCCAAGUUCCUCAGCUGGUCCUGCCACGGCAUGGACUUUGAGGACUCCAACUUCGCAGGCGACGGCGAGUACAUGGGCGAUCUCAAGUUCGACAUCAUCAUCCACAACAAGUUCAAGUCCGACCCCAAUGAGCUUGGCGACAACAUGAAGCGAAUCAUUGACGUGAAGAAGACGCCCAUCAAGCGCGGUGUUUGGCUCGACGAGAACUUCACCCGCCCUCUCGAAUACAGACUUGCGAAGCUUCCGUACGAAGGGCCACCCCCCUGGCGCGAUGCCAUCAGAAAUGCGUCUAUUGACAAGUGGUUCGAAGGGAUUGAUGACUGGUUUGCUACGGGAGAGUUUGCUAAGGAGUGA